CAGAAUCGUUGCCACAGCAACUGACAACAACGCCCCUAAAAAAAAUACUGAAAUAUUUCCCAUACAAAGAGCAGAACAUUCAGCCUGUUGCAGUAGUAUAGUUUUAGGAUUAAUGUUUGUUUUUGCGAUAUUUAAUAAGAGGAGAAAACUAUACUGUAAAUACAUCGUUGCCCUUGGCUUUGCUGUAUGGCUAGCUCCAUGGCUAGCUCGAUGUUACUGUCUCUUACUCUGCAGUUGUGGAAUCACAAUGUCUGGGAUCAUGAGCGCCCCCUGCCGUGAGGCAAGCGAACUGCCUGCCUCACCUCAAAUCUGUUCUCUACCGUUUCUGAUCGCUCCUCAGCACACAAAACACGUUACAUACACAGGUGGUGAAAAAAACACUUUACUGUUAAAACAAAAAAGUUAAAACAAAAAAAACUUUUUUGUUUUAACUUGACAAAAUGAACAUGAAUACUUUUGCGUUCUCAGAACAGCUGUCUCUUCUCAUUUUGCUCACUGUUUGCUUUCUUUUCUUUUUUUUACAUUUGUGACCUUCGAACCUGCAGAAAGCUCCCAUAACGUUGCGUUGUGUGCUGAAGUAGCUGCUGGAUCCUCCCACUUACACUGACCUGGUGAACACAAACACCCAAACUGUGUUUACAUAGAAAAGGUCAGGAGAGGUCAACCUUUUAUUGGAGAAGUCCACGGCAGAAGAAUGUGAAACCUGUCCAACUGGUUUUUGGGUCAUCUCUGAGUGAGUUUGUCUGAGUCGGCGGUCCAGAGGUGUUUAAAUGUUGGUGUUGGAUUGCAUCAAGAUUAAAGGUCAAAAGAAGCACAAACAAAUUAAUACAAAAAUUUACUUCCUCUCUCUUUGUUGUCUUAUCUAAAUGUUAGAACUUUCAAAAAAAUAAAAAAUCUUUUGAACCGCUGUGGAAGCAUUUCAAUCCACUUUUCUUUGUGAAACAGUUUUGGUUCAACCAUACUAGUUGUGCUUUAUGUUGUCCUACAAAUCCCAUUCAGAUUUAUACCCAGAAUUUGAUUUAGGCCACUUUGAAACCAUUCAAUUUGAAUGUUUGAGACAUUUGGACGUGGACUUGUUUGUGUGCUUCCUAAUUUAAAACCCAAGAACAACUGAGUCCAGAAACCAUAGGUCAGACAUUAUGCUGCAUCUUCUUUCUGAAGAACCCGAUGUGCUGCCAGUACAGAGAUCUACUGUCUGAAAUGCUGCUUCGAUCAGGAUAAACACCAUCAAUAAAUUUCCUCUUUUGUCUUGGAUUUUCCAAAAACUUUGCAUCUUUGUAACCUUUUUCAGACUGAUGGUUGUCAAUAACAUUCCUCUUAUAUUCGCGUAAAUUUCUUUCAAUGUCUCGGCUUACAGCUGCAGUAUGUAAUGUUUAUGAUAAAUGUGUUGUUGUUUUUUUACAUAUUUGUUAAAACUAUCACUGUGUCUCGACAGUUUAAUAUGACAGAUAAUCUGUGAAAAAAUAAAUCUCCACCACCUCCUUCCUGAGCUGCUAUUGGCAUCUGAAAAAAAUGCACCGACUAAGAACAACCAAUCAGACCCAGGAGGAGGGUCUUAGAGCUGUCAAUCAUCCGCUUGUACUCACUGCUAAAUGUGCCAAUGGCAGAAACACAACUUACUGUUAAAGGAAAACCGUUUAAUUCCCAUAGUCUGUGGCUAUGCUAACUAACCUUGAAUCAAUCUCAGACAUUUUCUAGAAAUAACUAUUUUUUUCAAACAUUUCUGAGAUCAUUGCCAAUCUGUAAGUUUAAGAAGUCGAAAACUUGCAAGAAAAAUAAGUCGGAAAUAUUUGAGAAAAAGAACUUGGAAAUUUUCUAGAAAAUUAACAACUUUUCAAAGGUAGAAAUUUCAAUGUUUUUUAAAGAAAAUUUCUCAGCUUAGUCUCAAAGUUUCUAAGUUUAAGAAGUUGAAAACAUGGGGGGGAAAAGCACCACAAAAAUAUUCCAAAAUAAACUUGGAAAUGUUGAGUUUUUUCUUGCAAAUUUUCAGUUUUUCAAACUCAAAAACUUUCUUGUUUUUUUUUCUGUAAAAAAAUUUGAUUCUCGUUGGAAAUUGAAACCAUUAGACUGAAAAGUCUAAUGGAUCAUGUACGUGGUUGUAGAAAGCCAGAUGUCAAACAGAAUUCAAAUUUAAUUUAGUAAUUUUGUUUUGGCUUCAGCAGAUGGAUAAUGAGGAGCACUGGAGAGGAUGAAGGGUUAAAAUGCGGCCGGGGAAACCUGAUGCUAAUUAAAUCUGCGGAAUGCCACUCAGACACUGAAGUGCAGGGUCUCUGAGUGGGUCAUGUUCCAAUUCCUUUUAGUCCGACCGAACCCUGGAGCUGAAAGCUGCAUCAUGGUUUUGUUUGGAAUGGGGAUUUAAUCUGGAAAGCUGUAAAUAACGGCUUUUUACUGCUAAAUGCAAAAUGGUCUUACUUUUCCUGGCGGUGCUGCUCUCCAUGCACAGCGUUGCGCCCGCUUUGGGGGAUUUCUGCCGGGGGUCGCACUGCUCUGGCGGGGGAACGGGCGAUCCAAGGCCGUGCACAGGAGCGCACUGUCCCGGGAGCAGAUCCUCCAGGCUCCCCCGGCAGUUCAACCCAGCGCCGCAGUGGAGAACCGGACACGCAGCGGCCACCCCGCACCAUGUGCACCCGAGCCCGCAGAGAGCGCCUCUGGAGACCGAGCCGCACGGCGGUGGCGGCGGAUGCUCCGACACGGGCUGCACCCGGAUCCGGCUCCAGCAGCCCCGGAAUGAAUCCAGAGACUGCCGGGGGAUCGAGUGCCGGCUGCCGCUGAGGAUCCGGCCCAAAGUCCGGGGGGGUUCCUGUGUGGGAGAGGAAUGCUCGGCCGCGGCGGAGGCGGACAUGUCCUCGGUCUACCUGUCCGACAGAGCCGCGCAGUUUCUGGGAGACUAUCCGGAGUUUGGACAUGCAGCCUCGGAGCUCGGCGGGGCUCCGCUGGGAGUCCAGCUCACAUGUGACAUAAAGCCAGGGGAGAAUGAAGUCCCUUCAGAAGACGCCCUCAUCCUGCACCUCCAGCUGGCCAAGGGGCAGGAGAAGCUGGUUGAAGCCCUCCGAGCCCAGCAGGUCGUAAUCCGCGACCUGCAGCAGAAGCUCGUCGACCAGCAGGAGGCGCUGCUGUUGCAGCAGCGGGACGUCCUGCAGCAGCAGCGGCACAUGUACGACCAGAUGGAUGCGGUGAAAAACCAGUUCGGCCAGCUGCUGGAGACGGUCAAGCAGGCCUCCUUCCAGGGCCUGCAGGGGGAGCUGCAGAGGUACUUCGAGAAUCACUUGGCGGGACUGCAGAGUCAGGCCCGCAGCCAUCUGCAAAAAUCCUACGCUGUGCAUAAAAUGGACAUCGACUCCAAAGUGAUGGAUGUUGUGGGAGAGACUCAUUUCCCGCAGCCUCUGCGUGGCUGCCGAUCGCUCUGCGGAUCAGAGGAGUUCUGUGAUUUUCAGAGGGAUCCACCACAGUGUGAGAAAUGCACCAUGUGUCCGCCAGGCUUCUUCCUCAUCGCACAGUGCUCUCAAACUGCAGACAGAAUGUGCCAGGACAGAGACGAAUGUCUUGAACUACCACAGAUUUGCGGAGAGCGAGUGAAGUGUCUCAAUACUCCUGGUGGUUUCAAGUGUUUGGGGGUUUCGGAGAGAGAAGCAGUGACAGGUCUUUGUGGUCAUGAAUACUUCUACAACCAGGAGCUUCAGGAGUGCCAAGCCUGCUCAGAUUGCGAUGGGGAGCCUUUGGUCGCCCCCUGCACAGCCAUCAGUGACGCAGUCUGCGGCCAGAUUUCAGAGAACCAACUCUCCCAGAUCUGGAUGGCAAAGGUGACGCUACCUCCUGCAGGUACGUCUAGCACCCACAUCUUUCCUGGUCUGCAGCUCCACAUCCGAGGCAAAGAGAGCAGCAGUCUUCUGUCCAACCAGGCUGGAAGAGUGACAUUCCUCCAGCACGGUCUGGUGUGGCUGGAUCAUAACUUUGCUAUAAAGCACAGCUGCAGGAACUUCCUCCAGGUCGGGAUGAGACUCAACAGGAGCCAGGAGGAAGAAGGUCAGGACCUCAGCGGCGUCCGCAUCGAGCAACCGGAUGGGAAGUACUUCCAGGGGGUGAGCGUCAGUACCGGCGUGGAGGUUGAACCCAACCACAUCUUCACUCUGCUGCUGAAGAGUCCUAACCAUCACUGCAAUCAGAGCAAAGACCUUCAAGUUUUUGAUGUUCCCACCCCAUCUCUGAGUCUCCUCUGGUUGUCUCACGAUACCGGUGCUGUUGCCAUGAUGGCCCAGAUGUCCCUGCUGGCGCACUACCAAACCAGCUACCGCCCGACAUUCCGCAUCACGACAGUGUCCGACCCCUACAUGGUCACUCUGACUCACGAUAGCCGUGGGGUGCGCUUCACAGAAAGCGGAGUAGUGAAGUUUGUCAUUCAGCAGGCGCUUUACUCCAUGGGUCACACCUGCGUUCGCGAAGGUUUCUCCCUGAUUGCCUACACCACCCGGAACACCACUGGACUGAAGACAAUGCAAGCCUUCAAGACAGGUGUGAACUACAGGGAUACUUCCAUCACGCUAUCUGGCGCAGUGACGGUAGAGAGCAAAGACAUCCUCACUUUUGAGAUCACGUCUCCGUCGCAGUGCAAUAUCCGGUACUUUGGGGACAGCACCGGGAUCAGUAUCUUGAGUCUGAUCUGGAUUCCCUCUGCUGUGUCGUCAGCCUUGACCGCCACAGUUUCACGGACUGGUCUUCCCUCUGGAGCCGUCAGGAAUAAACCGCUGUUGUUUCAGCAGAUCAGCCCGGAUACGCCGCAGGUCCAUCUGGCUCGCUCCGGGGAAUCGAACGCCAGAAGGAACUUCGUCUUUCAUGAGCAGGGUACAGCAAACAUCGCCCUCAACCUCAAACUGAUUCACUCAUGUAAUAUAGUCAAACUGACUCUGCAGAGGGUCGGAGGUCAGCAGGCUGGUCCUGUGGCUCAGCAGGUGUCUGGAUCUAUGCCUGAGGGCAGCGAGUGGACUAGCAUCGGGCUGAGAGUCUCUUUUCAGGUCCAGAAUGGCACAGCUGUUUAUGUUACUCUGGACUGUAUCAGAGGGCGUGUAAACCAAAUAACACAAGAGGGUGGCACAAAUAUUUCAAUUUUCUGGGUCGCUCUGUGAUCCAGGAGGAUGGAUUUCUACCAUUUUCAGGAAAUCUUUUUGUGAAAACUCAAAGACUUUUUUGUGCUAUGUAGUAGUGCUGGACAAUAUGGCUGAGAAACUUACCAUAAUAUAAGCAUUUCAUAUCAGCCAAUAUCAAUAAUCAUUAAUUAGUUUUUUCUUUCUGAAAUGCUGCCAAACUGAUGCCGUCACUUUAUCCACAGAUUUCACACUGCGCUGUUGUCUUUUUUUGUAAGUGGCGGAAAUUCAAACUAUUGCUGCAGCAGGUUGUUGCUAGGUAACCACAGAGUGAGUGCGUUAGUUGAUUCCACUAACAUAGCUUAACUAGCAGUGAGAGUUUGAGGAGCUAGCUAAGCUAGCAGCUAACUCAAAAUCUCAUCUCCCAGAAUGCUAUGCGGUUUUUGGUCGGACUUCAGUGAAUAUUCUACAUGUCGAAUAUUCCAAUAAACAUAUUAUCUAUUGAUAUUGAUCACGUGUCUUUAGGGAUACUGUUGUUGAUUUAUUGUCCACUAUCCCUUUUUACUAAAAUAUGAAUAUUGAUUGAAUUUUUGCUUUAAGUUAAUGUUUUUCCACUUGUUCAAGCAUUUAUAUUUUGGGAGUUUGUUCAAGUUCUGCUUUUUCCUGAAGUCUUUCAGCUGGUGGAAAAGUGACCAGUUUAAAGUCUGAGUGUUUUCAUAUCUGUCAGACUGUUUUCAUACAGUGGUGCUAGAAUAUAUGUCUGCAUAUAGACAAUCAUUGAUAGGUUUUACUUUAUAAUAGUAACUUGAUAAUUAAAUUUUUAUAUAUUUUUUAUUGCAGAAUAUUAUAUUUAAUGUAUUUUUUGUAUGUAUGACUUACAUAGGUUACACAAUGGCUUUAGUUCUACUCUAUAGUUAGUUUAAAAUGUUAAUUCUAAUCAAUAUUAAUGAAAACAGUGUAGAUGUCAUGCACCUUUAUUUACACAGAAUAAGUUUUGGUCACCUAAAGUGGAUUGAAACAGCAUUCUUACAGAUUUCUUGUUUUUAUUCUAUAUCUCUGUAUCCACUGUAUAACUGCCUGGACUGCAGUAGGACUUAGCUAAUUAUUUAAAUUCCAUUCGUUAGGAUUUUGGAUGCAUGUAACAUGUUUUGUAUCGCUUGUUGUUUAAUACUGGCGUAAAAUGUUGAAGGUAGGUAAGUAAAGAGGUGGUAAGGUAGUCUGUUAUUACAAAACUGCUUCUAACUUCUUUUGGUUUUGGCCAGAAGUAAUGUUUUACCGUUGAGAUGAAAACAAUUUUAAAUAUUCUGAGUAGCUGACAGUAUGGUCAUCACAGUUUUUUCUGCAGAUAUUUGCAUAUUUUUCUGUUGAACAUAACUCCAACGUAUUUGUGGGUACAUAAUCCAGCUAUUUGAGGAUUUUUUUUGUAAAGCAUAUCUAAAAUAUUCAGAAGAAAAUGCAGCUUGGGAGGCUGAAGUACCUACCUACUCAAUAUGCCAUACAUAAUUCUCAAGUGACAUCACACUUUUAGAAACUCUAGCUGACAGCCAUCUUGUAACUAACUUCUGUUAUAGUUGCUAUGACAACAAUGAAUAAGCCAAGAACUAGCUCUCACAUUGUGCCUAUUCUAAUUUAGAGACAAAAUAAGUAACAACUAUUACUCAAUUCAUUUUAUUUUACAGCUUUACCCAACUCUGUGUAAUACUAUAACAAAUAUCAGUGAUAUUUACAGUAGUAUAUAAUGCCGAAGUAGCAAAGUUAGCUUAGCUGAUGUUGCUUUUAUCGGCUA